AUGAGCGGUUCCAGCGACAACAGAUGGCGGGGUGGACCCAGUCGCCAGGCGUCGCAGCGCAACUCGAAUAACCGUGAUAAAUCAGGAGCACAGGGAAGCGGACGUGAUAACAAUGCUGCUUGGGGCGCAUCCAACCCUCCGCAGGAACAGCAUGUCCCUGUACGGGGCUUCAACGCCGCGGAGGUUAAGAACAUCUUGAAGCCAGGGCCUAAUGAAACCCAAUUCGCGACACCCUACAAAGCUCAUCCUAAAGACGGUGCUACCCAACGAUCUACCGCCUGGGGAGCCAAGGGUAAAAUCCCCAUUCGAACGCAGCCUUCCCUUGAACAAACAGUAACCAUAUCCACAGCGCACCACAUGGCGAAUGGGAGAGACUUCUUCUUAGAGCUUCGAAAACAGAUUGCUACACUGCAGCGAAAUGGCCCCCCUGCCGGCGGCUGA